AUGCCUCACGUCGACAUUUUGUUCAGCCAGUUGCAGCAGAGAAAAACCGAGCCAGCGCAAGUUAAAACGGCGAUCGAUAAUUUUGAAAAAUGUAUUGUCGAUGUGAGAAAUGAAAUUGAUGACAAAAUAAAUGAAGCAAAAAGAAUUUGCACUGAACCCCAAGGCAACAAAAGGAGACGACGUAAUAAUAGCAAUCACGAUCACCGAGUUGCUGCAUUAGAAGUAUGCGACAAUAUAGUGAAUUCUGCAAAUGACAGAUUUCAAUUCAAAGAUCAUUUGGUAGCCGCAUCCCUUUUUUUCCCGAACACUUUGGAGAAUACUGUGAUACCAUUUUCGGAACCUGCAGCGCCAAAAUAUGGUAAAGGAAAACCGAAACAGCAGGAAGUGAAGAUUCUGCUUAUAAAUGUGAGAUCCCUAAGAAGAAAAAUAGAUGAGUUGGAAGCCUUUCUUGUUGAUGAGGACAUUGAUGUACCGUGCCUGACAGAACAUUGGCUGACCAAAGAAGAAAUGGAAGUUGUCCAUUUACAGGGAUACAUGAUGAGAGGGUCUUCUGAACGGAAGGACUUCACAGAUCUCCUUCAGGGAAUUUUGAUACCUUCUUGGAAUCAAUGGAGGGAAUAUUAA